AUGAAGAAGAUGAACUCCUUUUUGUUUGCAGGAUUAAUCUUAUUUGCUUGCAUUUGUCCAAGAGUUCUAGGUCAAGCUUUGCCUGGAGUACACCUUCGUGAAGAGGAUCCUCGACAUGUGGUGAUUGAUAAUGGGAUUGUUCAAGUUACUUUGUCGAAACCUGAAGGGUUUGUGACCGGAAUUAAAUAUAAUGGAAUUGAAAAUUUACUUAAAGAUUAUGAAGAAGACGAACGUGGGUACUGGGAUGUGGUUUGGUACAAGCCUGGAGAAAAGGAUAUUUUUGACAAGUUGGAAGCAACAAAUUAUAGUGUAAUAAUAGAAAAUGAAGACCAAGUAGAAGUUUCAUUCACUACAAAAUGGGAAUCUUCCAAGAGCAGUUCUCAAGUACCCCUAAAUGUGGACAGAAGGUUUAUAGUAAGGCGUGGGAGCUCAGGAUUUUAUGCUUAUGCCAUAAUGGAACGCUUGAAAGGAUGGCCUGACGUGAACAUGGAUCAAAUUAGAGUCGUUUUCAAACUCCAAAACAAGUUUAACUAUUUGGUGAUAUCAGAUGAGAAACAUAGAGUGAUGCCAACUAUAGAAGAUCGCCAAAAGAGUGAGCCUUUAGCGUAUCCUGAAGCUGUUCGUAUAACCCAUCCACUCAAUUCUACACUUAAAGGAGAGGUGGAUGACAAGUACCAAUACUCCAUGGAGCUUAAAGAUAGCAAGGUUCAUGGGUGGAUAUCAGAUGACCCACCCACUGGAUUUUGGAUGAUCCGACCCAGCAAUGAGUUUAAUAUUGGAGGUCCACUUCGCCAAGAUCUCACCUCCCAUGCUGGUCCCAUCGUUCUUUCUAUGUUUACUAGCCUUCAUUAUGCUGGGGAGGAUCUUGACACAAAAUAUAGAAAUGGAGAGCCUUGGAAAAAAGUUUUUGGACCAGUUUUUGUUUAUCUCAAUUCUUUGCCUCCUAAAUCUGGCUACCAAAAGCUUUGGGAUGAUGCCAAAACUCAGGCAUCAACAGAAGUUGAAAGUUGGCCAUACGAUUUUCCUCAAUCUAAAGAUUAUGCUCAUGCUGAUCAGCGAGGAAGUGUUGAAGGAACAUUGGAGAUAAAGAACGAAGGCAACUCAACUUUGGCUAGUCUAGCUUUUGUGGGCUUGGCAGCUCCAGGCCCUGAAGGCUCUUGGCAAUUUGAGACAAAGGGUUAUCAAUUUUGGACCCAAGCUGAUAAUGAAGGAAAGUUCAUAAUUAAGAAUGUGUUAGCUGGAGAAUAUAAUUUGUAUUCAUGGGUUCCUGGUUUCAUUGGGGAAUAUGUACAUAAGGACACCAUUUCCAUUAAACCAGGAGAAUAUAUCAAAUUGGGUGCCCUAAAUUUCCAACCUCCAAGAAAUGGCCCUACACUUUGGGAAAUAGGCAUUCCUGAUCGAUCUGCUGCUGAGUUCUUUAUACCAGACCCAGAACCUCAAUUUAUCAAUAAAUUAUAUCUCAAUACAACACAUGACAAGUUUAGGCAAUAUGGAUUAUGGCAAAGAUAUACUGAUUUGUAUCCUAAAGGUGAUCUUGUAUAUGAUGUGGCUACUAGUAAAUAUAAUCAAGAUUGGUUCUUUGCUCAUGUUCCCAGAACUAUGGGAGAUAAAAAUUAUAAAGCUACCACUUGGCAAAUAAAUUUUGAGCUAAAGGAUGUAAGCAGAAGUGGAAACUAUACAAUCCAAUUAGCUAUAGCAUCAGCUAAUUCCGGCAGUCUGCAGAUGAGGUUAAACGACCCAACUGCAAAACGACCUUUAUUCAAGUCAGGAGGAAUUGGAAAGGAUAAUGCAAUUGCAAGACAUGGAGCUCAUGGAUUAUAUUGGUUUUAUACAAUUUCAGUACCUAAUAAUCAAUUACUCCAAGGGAAAAACUCAAUUUAUUUAACUCAGUCAAGCUGUAAAGCCCCUUUUGAGGGUAUCAUGUACGAUUAUAUUCGUUUAGAAGGACCUAAAUGA